UACAGCAUGGCCCGUACAAAGCAGACUGCCCGCAAGUCGACCGGCGGCAAGGCCCCGAGGAAGCAGCUGGCCACCAAAGCUGCCCGCAAGAGCGCGCCGGCCACGGGCGGGGUGAAGAAGCCGCACCGCUACCGGCCCGGCACCGUGGCUCUGCGGGAGAUCCGGCGCUACCAGAAGUCUACGGAGUUACUGAUUCGCAAGCUGCCCUUCCAGCGGCUGGUACGCGAGAUCGCGCAGGACUUUAAGACGGACCUGCGCUUCCAGAGUUCUGCCGUGAUGGCGCUGCAGGAGGCCAGCGAGGCCUACCUGGUGGGGCUGUUUGAAGACACGAACCUAUGCGCCAUCCAUGCCAAGCGCGUGACCAUCAUGCCCAAGGACAUCCAGUUGGCCCGCCGCAUCCGCGGGGAGCGGGCCUAAGGCAUAUUUUUAAGUGGUCGAUCUAAAGGCUCUUUUCAGAGCCACU